UUAGUUUUUUGUGUGUGCGCUAGUAAUUGUUUUCCGAAAAACACAAUAAUAAUUGGCGAUUUUUCACACAAUAUACAUAUAAAUGGGGUUGUGUUUUAUGAUGAAAUGUUUCUUGGGAUUAGUUAACAUAAAUAAGUUAGAGUUAUUAUCAUAUUACGUGCAUGCCAAUGAAUUCUAUAGCGUCCUGUGCCGCGUUUUUUACUAAAUUUUAUGUUUAUAUCAAUGAAGAGAUUGUAGUAGAUCGCUAAAUAUUUACUGGAAAUGAUUGGUAGGAUGUAAUAUAAUCGUUAAUAACCGUCCCAACUCUAAAUUUCGGCGGUUGAUUGACGGGUGUGUUGCGUUAGUGUGCAAGUAGGUGUGUGAAACAUUACAUGGACAUAAUGGCAGAGCUGUCAUGACGAAACUGUUUACUUGUGUUGACUAUCGUGUGUUAAACUUGUGUUAGUUUGUUUAUUUUCAAUGCGGUGACAACUUAUAGUUUGCGAAAAUGUGUAUGCCAACACCAACAAAUGUGUCUGGCUUUGCUUAUUCGUGGGGUUUUACAAGCUCUGCGGAUCUCACGAAGUGUGAGGUGGACACACCAGGCAGUUUGAGUUAUACUUUAGGCAAUACGGUUUCUCCUGAGACAACCCUAACUGUUAUGUCCCAUAAGUCUCCGCAGGUACAGGAGAAAGUUGGGACUGUGACUGUGGCAUCUAAUAGUGCAGCUCAAGUUACUAGAGUAGUUACUACUGGCACACCAGGGGGAGGCAGAAGGGCUAUGUUUGUGCUUAAUGAAUCACCAACCCAAACAAUAAAUAGAGUUUCACAACAAAAUCAGACAACAAGUAUACAAAGUGCAUCAAAUCUUGCAUCUAAGCCAUUCAUGACUCCUCUUGGUCCAAUCCAGUUAACAGCUGAGGAAUGUAAUGAAAUAUUGAUGAAACGAGCCCUUCAAGCCCAAGGCAUCGCUACUCCAGUCAUUGAUGCUUCUCAGUUAAAUCAUACAUUACUAAAUGGUGCAAUAAAAAGUUUAGCAGAAGUGACAACCCAGCAAAACCAAACAGAAACAAUACAGACCACUCCAGUUCAUCAACAUCAUUUACUCCAUACAAAACAAGAACCAGGGACAACUAAUAAUUCACCAAAAAUAUUGUAUUCACAGACAGUGCAAAUGCAACCACAGCAGCAGGCCCCUGUGAAAGAACGCCCUUAUUCCUGUGAUGAGUGUGGAAAAUCAUUUCUUCUUAAGCAUCAUUUAACGACACAUGCAAGAGUGCAUACAGGUGAAAGACCACACGUGUGUGGACACUGUGGCAAGGCAUUUGCAAGGAAGCACUGUUUGAACACACAUUUGUUAUUGCAUUCCGCUGACAGACCAUACCGAUGUCAUGAGUGUAAAAUGGCUUUUACAUUGAAACAUCAUCUUGUUACACAUUCAAGGGUUCAUAGUAGAGAUCGUCCGUUUAUCUGUGGCGAGUGUGGACGAGGUUUUCCGUUGAAACGACAUCUAGUGACACACACGAAGUACCACGCUGGAGAGAGACCGUAUGUCUGCAAUGAAUGUGGAGAAAGCUUUGCGCAAAAGGAACAUUUGGUAAUGCACAGCAGGUUUCAUGGAUCACUGUCGCCAUUUGUAUGUCCUGAUUGUGGCCUCGCGUUUGCAAGGAAGUUCCAACUGGUGAAUCAUGGCAGGGUCCAUGGCAGAGUGCCCCAUGCUUGUCCAGUGUGUGGCAAGGAGUUCCUCCAAAAAAGAACACUAGUUGCUCAUUUGAAGAUACACACAGGAGAAGGAACAGUCGCCUGCUUUGAAUGUGGCGAAGCUUUCAAAGGUAAAGAGGAAUUGCAACAGCAUUGCAAAAUGACAAGGCAUUGCUUAUCGACAAACUCGACACAGAAUCAACAAACACAGACCCAGCAGCAAGUGCAGCAACAGGCGCAGCAACAAGCGCAACAACAAGCACAGCAACAAGCGCAGCAACAAGCACAGCAGCAAGCGCAACAACAAGCGCAACAACAAGCACAACAACAAGCACAACAACAAGCACAACAACAAGCGCAGCAACAAGCUCAGCAACACGCACAGCAACAGGCUCAACAACAAGCACAGCAACAGGUCCAGCAACAAACUGUUAUAAAACAGGAUGAAUUCAAGCCACAAAUUGUACAGGUUAUUGGUGCUGAUGGUUCAUUGAUAUCAGAGAAAGCAACCCCUGGCUAUGGAUGUCCUGAGUGUGGAUCUUGCUUUAAUACUAAGGAAGCGCUGUCGUUACACUUGCGGCUGCACGCGGGCGACCGCACGUGUGUGACGGACCUGUGCGCUCUCACCGCCGCGCUGCAACCCUCGCUCGUUGCGCACAGUGAGUACGCAGCCUUAGGUGAUCACUCUAAACUAUUGCACGAAGAUCAACCUAUCCAGAUCAUAUCCUCAAAUCAACCAAAUAAUGUCGUUCAUACACAAGUAAUAGCCACGAAUCCACCGAGACACGCCGUAGCGCUACCGAGACCGAAGUUACACUUCUGUGUGGACUGUGGGAAGGGAUUCUCAGCGAAGCAUGGUCUUCUGGCGCACCACAGGAGAAAUCCGGAGGGUAGUUGUACAUUACGGACGCAUGUGUGUGACAACUGUGGCAAGGCUUUCUAUCAGAAGAACCAUCUGAUGUUGCACCAGCGGCAGCAUAUGGACCUUCCCUCCAGAAACUCACAAUCACAGCAAGUAGCCCAGCAACAGGCGCAGCAACAAGCGCAGCAACAGGCGGCCCAGCAAGCGGCGCAGCAGGUUCAGCAACAAGUGCAGCAGCAACAGGUCCAGCAACACGUGCAGCAACAGACGCUUGAAAUGGACGACCAGCAACCACAUAUACAAGUGGUGACGAAUCGGUCUGGGCAGGUGAUAGGCAACCAGAUAAUGGUGGGCUCGCGGAGGCUGCUACCCUCACAGCUGCACAUAGUCUCCAGAGAUGGGAAACCGCUGCACCACAUCACCAAACGGGAAAAGUUAGACUACGAUGAUGUUAAAGAAGUAGGCGGCCUAGUGGUCGCAACUGGGCGAGGAGGCGGCCUCAUCAAGUACGAAAUCGCGAUACCUCAGAACAACUCCGGUGUUGUACAAGUGCAGCAACUUGACUGAGACGGGGACAGAACUGCCAACACCACACGACGGAGACAUUGAGUGACCUAUAAGUUAGUGUGUGAGUUGGCAUAUCAUGGACACUAGAAUUUCUAGAAAAGUGUAAUGAUAAGGCGUUAUAAUGUAAGUCCAUAACUAUCCAAAUGUUGUCAUUUUUAUUGAGUAUAAAUUCAGCUAAGUUGUGUCUUUGGCGAGUCAACAUCUUCUGAGAAUAUUUGUGGUGGCUGGAUGAUGUUGUUACUGGGAGGUCUGCUUCAGGUUUUUUUUACUUCCUUUAUGUUUUAUAUCCUUUAUUUAAUUACCUUAAAGGUAAAGUUAUUACAUAUUUUAUUUAAUAAAAUGCUCACAUAAUGCCUUUAUUUAUUUACGGUAUAUGUGAAUUGAUGCAUCUACGUAUGUAUAUGUACUCAAUAACUCUUGUGUUUAUAAUUAUUAAUUUACUUUUGUUUUUGACUUACUCGUGUAAGCCUUUCUGUUUUUGACGUUUGAGUAUUUUUAUUGUAAUUGAAAUGAUUGUUGUAAAUUGCAUUAAAAAUAAGAACUUGUGAAACCUAAUCUGUUUUGAAAAGAGCCUAAUUAGAGUUUCUUGCUCAUUCUUCUCUGAGGAAAGCUGCCUUCCAAUCGAGCUGUAUGAAAAAAAUGACAUAUUUCAAGUGUAAUAUGACUUACCUAUGAAAUAGAAAUAUUUUUGAUUUUGAUUUGAUUUGAGGAUGCCUCGUGUAGAGGCGAAACGCGUGUCGAAUUGGUUGACAAGGCAAAACUUGCUGAAUUUAUACUCAAUAAGAAUGACAACAUUUGGAGAGUAGAAUUUCGCAGUGUGAGUAGUAUUUUAAGACACAAUAACUGUUUUACGCAAGAAAAUUUGUUAAUGGUGAGACUGAGACAUGGUAAAUACAAGUUUUGGUGCUCUUACCAAAACUGACAUGUCUAAUUUUUUUACCUAGAUGGUAUACAUUUUAGCGUUUAUUCACGUAUGAAGUAUGUAUUUAAAUCAUAUAAUAAUAUAGAAACUAUUGCCACAUUUUAAGGUUGUUAAUAAAUUAACACCAAGGAUUAAUGUUAAUAAGUCACAGUUUUCCAAAAACUUGUUAGAAUAUAAGCGCUAGAUUUGUCAAGCAUAUCAAUAAUAAAUGAAAAUUAUACUGAAUUUGAUGAAUCAUGAAAAAAUCUAUUUCAUAUUGUAAAAAUAUCUGUGUUGCAUAGAUGGCAACAGUUUGUUCAAUGUUUAUCAUCAACUGUUAUGUUUGAAGUUCAAAUAUUUAUUUGAACCCCAAACCAAAUUAUAUUUAUCACAUUUUGUGAAAAGGUCAAAAUAAGCAGAAAUUGAGUGAGAUUUCUAUUAAUGUUCCUAUAUUCUUGAACAACUUGAAACAUACAUAUAUAUUAACAAAAUCGUACAUAAAGAAAAAAAACACCCAAGCGGCAACAGUUACUAUUUUUUUUAUUAAAAACGAAAGGCAUAAAAAUUUAUUACAUAACAGGUAUGAUGUAUGAUAAAUGUAAAAUAUUAUAAUAUGUUAAAGUGAUGUGUUUGUUAGUGAAUAUUUCUUGGUUGUAAAUGUGUAUAAAUAUAAUUGUAUAGUGUAAAAUACAGUUGAUAUAAUACUUUAAAUAUGUGAUAGGUCACACACAUAGACUUCCAGUUAUUGACAGAUGGUAGGUUAUCAAAUGUUAUACAAGUUAAAUUUUUAACCAAAAAUUUAUGAAUGAUGCGGGACUCACACCUGCGACCUCUCGGGUUCCGUCCGAGCGCUCCUACCAACUGAACCAACAGUAUUUAAGGGUCGUAAAUUUUGGUACAUCUUAUUCAACUCUCAGUAUCAUCUCAAGUCAAUUUCCUAAUAUGCAAUUAUUGGGGUUGACAGGCUGGCGUCAACUGUAAAGUAGAUCCCAUAGAUGGCGCCACAACCUGAGAGUUGAAUAAGAUAUACCAAAAUUUACGACCCAUAAGUACUGGAACGGUUGGUUCAGUUGGAAAGAGCGCUCGGACGGAACCCGAAAGGUACCGGGUUCGAGUCCCGCAUCGUUCAUAAAUUUUGGUUACAAAUUUAAUUUGCAUAAUUAAUCCCAGAAGUGAGGGUUAUCACUUUAAAAAUAACAAAUUGUUUAUGUUAUCAAAGAUUGAUGAAGACAUUGUCAUUGAAUGUGUUAUUGAAUGAGGCUGUAAUGGUGAUGGCCACUGAGAAUCUGGAAUCAUGGAAUGUGGACAGGUGUGAUGAAGGACUGAAACAUAUUGGAGAACUUGUGGUCCUUGAUUAGUCUGUCUAUGUCUCAAUCAUACUCAUUCUAUAGUGUAUUCUUUAGAUAUAUCAUUUUAAGCCAGUCUGGUCUUAAGUUUCCAUAAUAAAAAUCAUUCUCUUCGAGAUUUUUUGAAAUUUCUAAAAUACUGUAUCAUUUGUUUGAAAAUAACAAUUUAAACUGAAAUCUAUCGUUUGCGAAUUUAGUUGUACUUCGGCACGUAUAUAGUUUUCGUAUAAAUGUGGGCCUAAUAUUAUAGGAUGUAAUAUAUUUAAAAUGAUAGUGUUAUAAUUCAUACAAACACUGCCAAUUAACUGGUUCAUAACAUGUAAGAUAUUGUAAGACAAUAGUGAAAUGUAAAAAUAAGAGAAGAGAUAUACCCCUUACUUAUUCAUAAUAGUCUGCUAACUUAAAGCAUUGCUAAUUCUCGUUCUGUCUUCUUCUAUUGUCCUAAGUUAGAAUGAGAAAAAACACGUCUUAGCAACUGUUUUAAGUUAGCGGACCAUUAUGAGUAAGGGGGAUAGAGUUCGAGAUUAGCUCCAGCUCGUAUAAAAACGUAUAUAUACAGAGUUUCUAACAAAAUUCAACAAGAAAUAUUGAAACCUAGAACACCGUGUUGAUAAAAUGCUCGCAUAAUGCCUUUAUUUUAUUUACGGUAUGUGUGGAGUGAUGCAUCUACUGUUUUGUACCUACCCAUGUACCUACCCAUGUAAGGCAUUCAUUAAUUGAAGUUUUGUGUAUUUUGUUGCAUCACUUUGCAUAUAUUGUAAUUGAAAUGAUUUGUAAAAUUUUUAUUUGAAAAUAUGAACCUGUAAUACGAAUGAUUUUGAAAAGAGCAACCUUAGAGUUUAUUGCUCCUUCUUCUCUAAGAGCCUUCCGAACGAGCUGUAUGAAAAAAAUACAUAUUUCAAGUGUUAUAUAAUUUACCUACGAAAUAAAAUAGUUUUUAUUUGAUUUAAUUUGAUAACGUGGUUCAAUUUUGGUUGAGAAAUAUUAGUCGCCCAACAAAUAAUUUACGUUUCACACAUUUGGUUGCGAUGAAACGGUGUGUCAAAGCGAUCUUUAUAAAAUAUUGAAAAAAAAAGAGAUUUUUUUAAUUGUUUUUAUCUAAAUGUCUCUGGUCUCUCUCAUCUCAUAUUACACAGCUCACGAUCUCAUAAGCCUAUAUAAUAUAAUAAUGCUUAUUGCCAAACUAUUUUCGGAAUGACCAAAGUUUUUUUUUUAAAUUUAGUAACAAAGCAGAAAACAUUACGUGAUGAACAAGAAUUUUUUCAAUUGAAUUUUUCCGUAGUUGAUUCUUGUACGCAACAAAUAUACAACGAAUACACAGCCUAAAUAGCAAAAACACCUUUAAGAAAAUGGCCGUUCUUUCUCAUUUUCUUAAAAAAAUCGUCUUUGAGCGUCAUACAUACUUACUACGGCAUUGGCAAUAUCUGUACUUCUAUACUGUGUACUAAUAUAUUCACUACAUUUAUAUAAAGGCCGAUAGUAAAAUAUUAUUUAAUUUUUUUGUUAUUCGAUAAUAAUUCGAUAUAUCAUUCGGUAUAUAAUUCGAUAGUAACAUUUGUAUUCUAUUUGCAACUGCAGUACUAUUUUUACUUUUGUUGUUUCAUUCGUGUACCAAAACGCAGUGAAAUAAAACAGGAAAGAAAUAAGAACUCGGAAGAGUCUGAUUGUAUGUCAAUUCAUCGUGAAACUAGCAUUUUCAUCCAAUGACUUUCUACACACAUAGACAAAUCACGUCGUAUAAAAACCGCCGAAAUAUGGGACAUGUCACAAAUUACACCUUAAUGAGCUUCGACUGCUAUAUCUAUUAUACAUUGCCUCAUUUACUCUAGUUGUUUAAAAUAUUCUUGUUCAAUAAGCAGCAAUGUAAAACAUUAAUCUGUUCAGGUUACGUAUGUUGAAUUUGGAACUCGAUUCGGACAGUGACAGUUGACACAUGACUAAGGAGUGUGCUUACAUUGUCUUUAAGGCCACUAUCUCAAGAAAUUGUCAAAAUAGCGCAUAAUUGAAACCAUAUCUUGACGGUUUAUAUAAAGCUUAUAUUUUUACGAAAAAUAAUUAUAUAUCUACACAAUAUGAGAUGAAAAUUUUCUAAUUUUAUAGACAGUGCGAAAAAAACAUCACCAAACUACCCCUAACUUUUACAGUUGGAGCUAAUCAUUCAAUCUUGAAAAAAUUGUAUUAUGUUUGUAAUAAAUUAAAAAUGCUUCUAAUUCUGAAUUAAAACUAUUUCGAUCUUAUGCGAGAGAGGUAACCUAGCUCCGCUCGAUUCCUCAAGGCCGUUGGUUUGGUCCCCAGCCUUAAGCACAUUUUUGCCGUUCCGCUAGCAGACUGCGAAUGAUAUGUCCUUAUAUGUGUAUAGAACGUCGUUGUUUUCAUCAAUUGAGGCAUGGAGUUCUAUGGGUCACUUAAGUUAGAUGUACUUUGUAGAUUAUAGACGGGAUUAGUAAUGCAUAUAGCUUGUAAUAUACGGGAUGUUCUAAAAUUUAGAGCAUUCAGCUAUCGAAUGUAAAAAGAAGUAUCCGUGUAAAUUGUAUUAAGCUGUUAAGAUUUACUAUGCAUAGUAUUAAGUCAUUUCUAUUGUACAUAUCAUACAUAAUAGUUAGCGUAGCGAUUUGUAUCAAGUGUAAAAGGUAAUGAUGAAGCGUGAACUCUGAGAGCGUAUUUGUAUGUAAAUGUACGCACAUAUGGGUAUUCUAAGGUUUUUAUUGUAAUUCGGAGGUCGCUUCGAUUGUGUCGGUUUUUUUACUACUCAACUCUUUAGCCCAAAUUUUUGAUAUUAUAGGUCGUACGGCGUAUUUCUGAAAAAUAAAUAAAUACGCGAGUGACUUUUACCGAUGCACCGCGCAUUUACUUAAUUUAGCAGCACUGAAGUGAUUCGGUAUAUAUUCGCCCUAUAGUAUAGUGUGAAUUGAUAUCUAUAUUCAAAAUAUUCAGUUACUAACCAAGACCUCAGAGUACUACAGAGGUUUGUAUUCAAAAUAGUUUUAAUUCUUACGCUGCAUGCAUGCAUUUAUAAAAUAAAAGUGAUGGUGCGUGCGUACAUAUUAUGUACAUACACUUAAUAUGGUAUUUCUAAUGCUUUUAGUUAGAAGUCUGCUAAAGAUGCUUUUAUUUGUUUAAUUUUAUAUUUAUUUCCGAAUCGGGGUUGUGAUUUGCUAAACGAUUGAUCUAUACGUAACAAUACGUUUGGUACAGUGGGAUUAACGCCAUCAGGUGACUCGAUACGCAGACUCUAAACCACAUGUGGCGCCAUCUAUAUAUAGACUUAGCUUCUACUAUUACUAUCAGAAGUGGGUACUGUACUAAUAUUGUUUUAAUGUAACUGUUGUCAUAUAUGAAGAUUUUUAAAUAUAGAUAGAAAGUGCUUCACUUACCAAUUAACUACCAACAUCUUGCGAUAUUUCUAGAUUUAAACAUCUACCGAGGGUCUGUUCCUUUUGAAAUAUGUGCCGUUUUUGUCUUCCCCCUCAUAAAUGCACUAACCUAAUAUAAAAUAUUAAUGUUUUUAUUAAUUGAUAUCAAUCUCUCAUAUUCGAAGCGAUCGCCAUAAUAUAUAUAAACAGGCGGGCGUACACGUGUAUGUACGCAACCCGCGCACUAUAUAGUCUCCGCGAUAAGAUUGGGACAGACUGCCAUCUUUGUGUCGUCAUUGUGACGAACCAAUCAAAGUACACUUUGAUAGCUAAUGACUGCUUGCUGACACCACGCAGGCGAUAAUAUGAAAGGUUAUAUCACUGUACAAACGCGAGGCGGCUAUAUUAUAGGCGUUAUUUUUAUAGAUGCUUUUUUAAAAUAAGCUUCAGAAGUACACACUACCGUUGUUCAAGCAGUGCAGUGGCAGAAUGCGUUGUGCAAUGUAUAUUGUUUAGAUCUGAAUUUAUUUAUGACACUGUUGAAUAAUCCAGUUAAAGGUACUGUUAUAUUUUAAUUUUAUUUUCUAUACUCUUAUAUUACAUGGGUGAUAUUCAUGUUGUGAAUAUGUUUUUCAACAAAAGUUAUUACUGGUUUUAAUUUAUUGUUCUAGUGGGCAGAUUAUUAUGAGAUGAGAAAACAUAGUCUCUUGAAGAAAUUGCUUUAUCGUGGUUCAAAAAUCUUGUGCCAACUGAUGUUAACAUUUUAAUAUUUAUCGGAUGCAUUGAAUGCUUAUAUUCCAAACAUUAUUAAUUUAAUUGCAAAAACAAUUGAAUCAUAAAAACUUUAAAUUAUUAUUAUAUUUUCUUUAGAUUUCAUACAAAUCUAGUCUGUGUAAUGUUGUAUAUUAUGUGAGUUUGACGCUGGCAGUAAUACUAAUGGUCUAUUGCACAAAAUAUGGUGAUCCCACAUAUUGUUAUAUAGUUCUGAACUUAGAUAAUUUAUACGUCUAGAUGGAGUUCCUUGCUGUUAAACAACCGAUAACAACAGGCCAGGAUUAUUACUUAUAUUUAAUAAUAUUACUGUACUUAUAAUGUAAUAAUAUGAAUACUGUACUAUUGUAUAAUAUGUUACCGGCCAAACCCGAUUUUAGGACAAAUUAGUUUUUCUAGGCCAAUCAGUUAAUCCUUUAGAUGAUACGAUAAACCGGUACAGACUAGGUUAAACUACGUCUUACACUCGCGAUUUGGAUGACACUAAUGUGUCGAAAAAAAAUGAGAUUAGAACAUUAGUGCUUUUAUUUGUUUGAUUUUAUAUUUAUUUCCGAAUCGGGGGCGUGAUUUGCUAAAAGAUUGAUCUAUACGUAACAAUACGUUUGGUACUGUGGGAUUAACGCCAUCAGGUGACUUGAUACGCAGACUCUAAACCACAUGUGGCGCCAUCUAUAUAUAGACUUAGCUUCUACUACUACUAUCAGAAGUGGGUACUGUACUAAUAUUGUUUUAAUGUAACUGUUGUCAUAUCUGAAGAUUUUAAAUAUAGAUAGAAAGUGCUUCACUUACCAAUUAACUACCAACAUCUUGCGAUAUUUCUAGAUUUAAACAUCUACCGAGGGUCUGUUCCUUUUGAAGUAUGUAAAUUGAACAUUAGUUCUAAUCUCAAUUUUUUUCGACGUUUUCACAGCUAUCAUAAUCUAUCUAGACGUAUAAAUGAUUUAAGCUUAAAGAUAUCAUUUCCCUAAAUUGGGAAAAACUUAGGCUGAUUAAAUAUUUUAAUUUUAAUAAAGGAAUUAAAGCAGUCCACAAUUUUAUUGUUGGCUAAGGAAAUAUAAUGUACGAAAGAGAAACUAGUGUGUGUGUGGCGAGACAAGUAAGGAGACCAUUGCUGGUUUUGUUAGUAGUUGUUUACUGUGUGUGGUCCAUAGUAUGCCGUGGAAGAUACCUAAAGAUAGUUUAUUGCCAAAAAUAACUGAAUUAUUAAUUGUGUACAACAAUAAAAAGUUGUGAUGAUAAGUUUUUCUCUAUGAUAAUUUAUACGUCUAGAUGGAGCCUCUUGCUGCUAGGCAACCGAUGAAAACAUGCCAGGUUUAUUACUUUUCACAGCGGUCACAGUCUAUCUGGACGUAUAAAUAAUCUGAGGUUUUACUAUGUAAUCAAAAAAAACCCGUAAACGUACUAUACUUGGUAUUUUGGGACAAACCUGUUUGUUUCAUGAGCUGGGUGUGAACAUGUUGCUUAAGAUGUUUUCUUAGUCUAUGGUCCGUAUAACAGAAAGCAUCUUAAUUAACUUCAGAAUCUUAACUUCAUCUCAAUUCGGUAUGCGUUGACGUUAAAAUUUAAAAAGAGUGCUUCCGACCUUCAAAUCAACGUGAAAACUGUUUAAACCCAAAGACAGUAUUAUGUUUAGUAAUUAAUAUAUUAUGUUUGUGAAACAAUUAUAUGUCGCGAGCCGUGUCGGAGACGAUGUGAUGAAAAUUAUAGUUGUUUGCCAUUUACUUACACUGUAAAUAUUAUAAACAUAGUUGAUAUUCAUAAUUUUUUAUAUUAAAUGGAAAUUAUACAUAAUUGAAGAUGG